AUAUGAAAGCACAUUGCGUACAGGUAAUGUAUGAGUUUUAUCUUGCCUUUAGAGAAAGUCUUUAUUACAUGAAUAGUGGUGUAGUUACCGGAGGAAUGCGUUUCUUGCGUUACGCUGUAUGCUUCUGUUCCCUAUCUAUAGUUUGGAGCACAAGUUCUGAUGCAAGCACUGUGCCAGAUUUCGUCCAAUGCACAAUUUACAAUCUCGCUUUAAAGGAAAACGGAGGAAAUGCAUCGGUCAUCGUUGACGGAGUCGAACUGAAACGUUCCCGUUUGAACGAUGGAAAUUUGUCUUACGAAUGGUCUGACGUUGAUAUUUAUUCGGACGAAAUAGUUAAAAUUGAAUUGGCGAGGCCAUAUCUUAUUGAUACCAUUGUUAUCACGGAUUAUGAUGGUUCUGUAGACGUUGGUGAGAUGUCAGUUGAGUUCUCUGAUGGAUCUAAGCAUUCGAUAAAAUUAUCGGCAGAAUCUCAGGCAUCUGAAGAGUUCACAUUCAGUCCUCGAGUGGUGUCAUGGAUACGUUUGGUCGUCCUAUUCAAAUACGACAUCGGAAUCGUACGCUUCACCGAAGUGGAGGUCUAUAAUGGCGUAUGUAGAGAUGACACCGUGUGCAAGUAUUUAGAUUUUGAAUCUGGUAAAAAUGCGUCAAACUUGUUCAUCCAUGGUGAAGUAUUUUCGUUUUGGCGUCAAAAUAUCAAAAACGCAACCCUGGAGUUCUACGAUUCUUUUGGAAAAAUUUCAUACUCUGUUUUGUUCAAUGAAGCUGUUCAUUUAUUCGAUGGAAAGGGAAUUUUGGCCGGACCAACUCGAAUUCCCGAUAUUGGUGCUGGUAAACAUUGGAUUCCUUUCUGGUUGGACAUGAGAAAAACAGGAACGAUUGUUAUUGGAUCAGGCGCGACUGUGCUGUUGAAUUACACUGCAACAGAUUGUGAUGUCACACCUCCCUUCGUAAAAUUUAUAUCAGACGAAUCAGAGUUGAUAAUGUACUGCGACAAAGAGGCGUCUUGUUACGAUGAUGCAUUUCAUUACUGGCGAUUCGAUAAACUCUCUAUGCAUAGAGUCAUCGACUAUCGUAGCAAGACAUACUGGAAUGCGCCUGGACUUGCCAUGAGCAAGGAUGGUCCAUCGUUGGAGUUUGGAAAUCUUCCAGCAAUUCAUAUCAACAAGGAUCCCAUGAGCCUUUAUGAUUCAAGCUCUUGCUUGUACAAGGAGAAUUUUUGUUGUAAUGGAUACUCGUUUUCUUUAUGGUUGAAAGUCGUCUCCUUAUCAAACAAAAUCAGCUUUUAUCUUACUGGUGGAAGAAGAAACCAAGGAUUUUCAAUUCUUUCCCCUGUUGUAACAGAUCGUAUGAACCCUCACGAUGUCGAAGUUGAGUUCCAAAAUGCAAAACAGCAAUGGCGUCUCUCUCUGAAAGUAAUGCUGCAAACAUGGCAUUGGAUUGCAUGCUCGUGGCAUUUAAGUGACGGACUUCUGUGUCUUUUUGAUCUUACAACGAAGAUCAAAGGAACAGCAAGAUAUCCUGGGUCGAGAUUUGGCGAGCUCACUUUUGGCGGAUCACCAGUGAUUCCAAUUUCUUUCAUCGACGCUGCAUUCAGUAAUUUUGCUGUUUGGGAAAGAAAGAUGACGGUCUCUGAAUUUCAGGAACUGUAUUAUUGCGCUGGUAUAAAACCAAGAUUUGGAACGACAUCAAGUUUAGCAAUCGACAGUUUCCGUUGGCCCGAUAAACUUUUUACAGCGUCCAGCUUCACAGAAUUUGGACCUCCCCAAAAUGCGAGGAUGUCUUUAGGUGGAUGGGUUAGUAGCAUCUCCGAUGAUCAGCAGUAUCUUCAAAUGGAUUUACUUGUCGUCAUGGAAAUACAUGGUUUCGAAAUUCAAGGCAACGAGAAGUUGAAUGCCUACGUAAAGAAAUUAAAGAUUGCUCGAAGCGAUGAUUCAAAAACGUGGCACGUUUUAAAGAACAAUAAUGGAAGUGAUAAGGUAUUCUCAGCAAAUAAUAGCACAGGAAAGAGUGUAUUUCAUCUCGGUGUUUCCUUCAUCACGCGUUGGUUAAGAAUUUUACCCCUGGAAUUUAACAACAAAAUUGCUUUAAAGAUAGAGCUUAUUGGCAACAGAACAUAUCACGGUUACAUUGGUUGUCUUCCCCAGUCCUCCAUCACAACAUCGCGCUAUCCAUUUGAGUCGGCCUCAGAUCCUUAUCGCUGCAUUAUUGCUUGCGGUGAAGUUGCCCUAAGAUACGCUUUGCUGGUCAAUGGUGGAGAAUGUUAUUGCAGGAGUUCACUAGAAAAUACCAACUUUGUGUUGAGCGAUUUAUGCAACGAACCUUGUCAUAACGAGAGAGUGCUUACUUGUGGCGGCAAAAAUCAUUACGCCGUGUAUCAUGUAGCAAACUUCAAGAAUGAUGACGUAAAAGUUACCAUGCCAACCACCUGGGCUAUUUACGAUACGCCUUUAACUCUUGGACUUAAUGCUCGGAAUAAAACAGUUUUUCGAUUAUAUCAAAAGGAUUCGGCUUUUUCAACGUCAUUAUCGUCAUACGAUAUCAAAUUUCGUGAUUUGGGGGUUCAGUUUCUGACGAUAUCUGUUGAAACCAGUGGAAUUUUUGCAAACUUGUAUGAAAUACGACGUUCAGUAUUCGUCACCACAUCAACGAGAAAUCUAACCUUCUAUUGCCCAUGGUUGAUCUUGUCUAACACGCAAUACGAAUGCGUACUUGAAGGAUUCUCUAGUGAAAUUGAUGUCUUCAAUUACACUAUAAAUUCAAAGCAAGUUCAUGCAUUAUUUCUGCCAAAGGGCGUCGCGGGAUCAUUGGGUGCGAUUCGUAACAAAAGUUACAAUAUUUUACGAAGUGGAAGCUUAUACUUUACGUCAUCAUUUUUCGAGCUCGGCAAAGUCUAUUCAAUUGAAGUUUAUGCUGUAUCAAAUGGAAGCGUGUCGGUUGUGUUACUACGUCCCAUUUGUGGUUCAGGCAUCAAUCGCGAGUACUGUGACAUUACAAUGAAUUGCUCCUAUCACCAACCAAAGUGUGAUAUUUCUUCAUAUGAUUGUUCUGAGGAUAAAGUGUUCCAUUUAUCACGUAAUCGGUGUUUAAAAAGAGGAAAUCAAACAUGUUUGCCUGCUAAAAAAACACACAGAUUCAUCCCUAGCAAAGACCAAAAAUACGAAGUGAUUUUAUCGAAGGAGAUUGUUGUCACUGAUGGUGGAAAGUACAAUGCACUCGCCUUUGAUGAAGAUGUUGAUGUUAAAGAGAAUGACGUUGUUUGUGUAUACUACCCCCCGUCCGGUGCUGCUAAUUUGAGUGUUGAAAGUCACGUGAGCUUCGAAGGUCUUUAUAAGGUUGAACCAUCUAGUUUGAUAAAGGGAAACAUCGUCACAACAGGUUUUGGAUCUGUUAAGCUCGUCAACAUUCAGCAUUUGAUUAAGAUUCGCUACGUCAUUCAGCAACGGUUAACCAUUCCUUUGACGCUGCCACCUGGCUUGUAUAACGUGGCAGUUUCUCUGGCAAAUGCCAUCCAUCAUUUUCAUUCGAGCUUGCAAAUUUUCUCUGUAAUUCCGAUCCGAAAUCUGACGUGGUCAUACGGCGUUGUCGUUGCUACCAAUGAUACAUACUCAAUCACGGGAAGCAUUGGCGAGGGAUCUAAUGUCACCUAUGCUGUAGACUACAGAGAUGGAACGAGCUAUUCUUUCUUGCGACACAAUUCAUCCCAGUCUGUGGUCUUCAAUCACACCUACAAUACCGCUGGCCUCUAUAACGUCUCUCUACGCGCGUCCAAUUUUUUUUCCGAUGAAGUUGAUUAUUUCUCGUUGAUCGUUCAAGACUACAUCAAGGAUGUGAAUCUUACAACACCCGUUUUACCGACAAACCUCAGCAAUCAAACGGAAAUUUAUUGGUUUAUUGACAGUGGGUCGAGCGUUACCAUUGAAAUUGAUUUAGGUGAUGGGACGAACUUUUCGAACUGUUCGCUUGACAUCGAAGGAGUUUUGCCACAAAGUGUUUUUCACAUAUAUCCAAGACCUAUCGAGUACUGGGUCAACAUCACCGUCUAUAAUCUGGUCAAAAAAAUUCCCUUGUAUUUUAUGGUCAUCGUCGAGAGACCCAUCGUUGGCAUUAAAUCACGUGUAAGACACGCGAAACGAGAUAUCGAGGUUAAUGAAACGUUUGCAAUCGAGUUGACGCAACUCAAUGGAACAAAUGUGAUUCACUAUUUUGAUUUCCAAGAUCAAUCAACUUUGAUCACGCGUGAGACGAACAUCACGAAGAGCUACAAUCAUUGGAAAGUGUUUCCGAUCAAUAUUACUGCAUGGAACAAUGUGUCCCGUGUUAGUUGGACUCAACCCGUCAAAGUACACAAGCCUGUGCGAAAUCUUACCGGUUUCAAGAUCACUACAUCUCCUACGAAUAUCACGGAUCUUGUCAAAUUCAAUUUCACCAUGGUUACUGGCUCGGAUUUUAACUGCACCUGGAAUUAUGACGAUGAUCGAUAUGGGCACACGAGUUACUGGAUUGAUGACUCACAGGUGUAUGAAUGGCCCAUCACAAGUCAAAUAAUCUCUCAUAAAUAUAAUGAUAUUGGCGUGUAUUAUGUUCAAAUCAACUGCACGAACAGACUGUAUUCUACUAGAGCCUUCACCACAGCCAUAGUACAAGUUCCUAUAUCUGGAUUCGAUAUUGUUCAACCUAAGCCUCAACCAAACGACGAAGAUCUGGUGGUGAACUUUGGUGCUAAAAAUGGUACAAACAUUAGUUAUGUUGUAACGUUUUAUCACAUUUGGGAAAGGAUUAGCCAUAACAUAACCAACGUUAGUAUAAGAGCGGACACGUUGAAUGGAACUGCUGUGAUUGACAAACAUUACUUCAUGGAUCGUGUCGGUAUAUACAAUGUUAAAAUCACUGCGAUAAAUAUUGUCACGCCACUUCAAAGUCUCACGAGAACAGUCAUCGUUGAUAAACCAAUCAGAAAUGUGGAAGUGGAGAUUCACGCCGAAUUUGUUGAGACCAAUCACACCGUUAAUUACACCAUCACUGCAAACGCUUCCAACGUGACAAUCACGUGGGACUUCAAAGACCCUGCGUCUGGCGAGUUAAAUUUUCGCACGCGUUGGUUCCCGGGUGUAUUUAGCGGUUGGACUGUGUCGCACAAAUUCAUAGAAAGUGGACGUUUCUUUAUUGAAGUCACGCUUAACAACAGCUUGGAAAACAAUUACUUGAAAAGGAGUUUGGGGAAGCGGGUUGAAAGAAAAAGCGUUAACGGCCAGCAUGGGGUGUAUUUGGCGGCUAUCACCAAUUCACCACAACGUCUCCCUCCAGGAAAUCUAACUUUCACCUUUUUCCCUGAACCGGGAGUGUACUACUGGCAUCCCACCGAUGCUCAUAUGAUAAUGCAUUUUGGUGAUGGCAAAAUCUAUAAUGGAUCGUAUAACGAAACAAUCGUUCAUUCUUACACAAGUUGGGGAUGGUUUACGGUUAACUGUUCCAUUCACAAUCGCAUAUCCUCGGGGAAUUUUACGUUUAGAGUGGAAAUUCAACGUGUAAUCCGUGAUUUGAAGCUAACUCCCUUUCACAGUGAUGGUGAUGCAGGAUAUUUUGCUCCCGGUCGUGGUAAACUUAUGAACUACUUACCCCUUGAGUAUGACGUAAUCUGGAAUGCCACGACCAGUGAUGGAACUAACAUUACUUACACUUUCUCUUACGGUGAUGGUGAAAAUGAUACUACUACACAAAACGCGACAGUUACUCACAAAUAUUCACGUGAUGAGUUUUUCACUGCGCGUGUUAACGCCAGUAAUGCGGUCAGUUUUGAUUUGACAAAUUUCACAAUACGAAUUCAGAAAGUCGUUCGAGGAAUUACGAUAACGAGCGAUGAUCCUCGAAAAUUGAACACUUCGACGUCGUUCAACAUAACUAUCGAUCAAGUUGGCACAGAAUCUUGUUACUUGAUGAGGUUUGGUAAAGAUGACGAUGAGAACUACCUCUACAAAGAUGCCAAUAAUACGAAUUGUGAAAAGGAUUUUAUUAGCCUUGCCAACGAGACAUAUAUUUUGAAAGGAAAUAUAAUCUCGGUCAAUUACACCUACAAAGCCAUUGAUGUGUAUUGGCCGCGAAUCAUCGGCUCCAAUCUUGUGUCGAAGAUAGAGCAGUUCCACAAAUCAGUUGUACUCCACGAUCACUGCAAAUACCCCGUUGUCAAUGUAUUCAAUAUUAAUAAAAACAAAAAAACUCCAACGAAAGUUCUUCGAUCGCAGUUUUUCUUCGUCGAUACAGCCAACAAAAUUGUAUGUGCAGCAUCCAAAACCACCUCAUUCUUGUGGGAAGUUUUCGACGUGAAUCCUUUGGAAGGGGAAAAUGACACGCUCAGAAAUUUUUCGUCAAGUGUUGAAAGGAUAAACCCAAGGUUUCGUAUAGAUCCUCUCUUACUGCCGUAUGGAAUUUAUAUGAUGCGUUUUACCAUCAACGGGAUCCCGUUUCGUAUAGAUCCUCUCUUACUGCCGUAUGGAAUUUACAAGAUGCGUUUUACCAUCAAGAUGCUCGGUAUAAAAGGUGUCGAUGGCUAUGAUGAGAGUUAUUUGGAAAUCGUCGAAUCGCAACUCAUCAUCUCUGUUUAUGGGGGCUCAGGGGUGGCUAAAUGGUAUCGAGGGAAUUUGACUUUGGAUGCAUCAGGAUCUCAUGAUCCCGAUGUUGGUGUGAAAGACUACGAGAAUAUAUUCCUCUCUUUGGAAUGCAAGGCAGAAAAUACACCGCGAAACGUAACGUCCAAAGAGGCAGGAUGUUCUGUUGAAGGUUUUGAAACUCUCUACAACGAUAGUGCGAGCGAACUUUUGUUCCUAAACACUAAUUUCACGCUCUUGUCAAACAUCACGUAUGCUUUGAGGUUGACUAUCAUCAAGGAUCAUCGUCGCUCCAUGAUGUAUUAUAAUAUACACACUAAAGACCAGGAAACAUGUCACGUGAUUGUAAGGUGUUUGGCGAAUUGUAAAAAAAAACGCAUUUCGGCGAUGAAACUUGCGUAUGAAGGAGGUGUAAAUGAUGUUGAUGAUUCAGAACAAACCCAACGUGUUUCUUACGAGUGGAAGCUCUAUAAAGCCACCGAAGGAGGAAAAAAUUCAAGAAAUAAAGAAAAUGAAUGGAAAGAGGUUUCAAACUUCGCCGAAGAUAUGGUACUGACAAGGACUGACACUAAGACGGUUGUUUUAAAAGAGGAUGUUCUUUUACCCGAACAUCGUUAUCGUUUACGAUUGUAUGCUACCUAUAAUAGUAAGACAGGAUUCGCAGAGAAGGAAUUAUUCAUAAAUCAGCCACCAAGGGAUGGCAGUUGUUCAGUAGAACCUAAGAAUGGUUACGCUCUGGACACACUGUUUACAGUGUCCUGCUCAGAUUGGAUGGACGAUACAACAGAUCUUCCAUUAGCUUACACAUUUGCAUAUAAAACUAGCAGUGAUGACUUUGAACAAAUGAUUUACUUCGGUUCCAAAAGUGUAGCACCUCUAAUCAAACUACCGCUGGGCAAACCGGAACUCAAUUAUUCCGUUUCAAUCAUUGUUCAAAUCGAGGACUCAUUUGCAGCGCCUCAAGCUUACUAUCUGAAUGUGACGUCAUUUAGCCGAGUGCAGUCUGCUUCGUUCUUUAUAAACGUCCGUCGUCUGUAUCGUAACAUGUUUAUGUCCUGUGUACAGGUCACGUUGCCGAUCAUCACAAGUCUUGCCGAGUUUGAACAACGCAUGAAUAAUCUCAUAUCUGAAGACGGAGAUCUCGGAAAUAUGGUGGCUUCUGGAGAUACACAUGGCGCUACGCAGCUCAUUGGUGCAUUAAGCUCUAUUUUGGACAGUCUGGGUAACAAUGCAAAUUUCUCGUACGAAGCUGAGAAAGCCGACCUCGAGAAAAAACUUUUGUCUCAGGAAAUUCUUCUUGAUGAACAAAGAAUAGAAAUCGAAAAUCAAAUAUUAGAACUUGAAGAAGCUAUUAAGAAAAGAGAUAAUGAAACGCGAACUCGUAUCAAGAUUCGAAGAACGAUGGAAAAAACGUUAAGCGAGAAAAUACCAAUAGACAGUGUUGAUGCUGUACGUGAAAAGGCUACGGCCAGCGCGUGGCUGAGUAACAAACCCAAGGAAUUUACGCAGGAAAUGCAGGAGAGUGUUUUGGAUACUGCAGCCAAGAUGAUAAUGUUUCUUGCUAACAGAACGGCAGAUACAAUUGAGCCGCCAAACCCGCACAACACCUUUCACGCUGCUGGUGGGCUCAUAAGUGCACUGGGAAACACCAUCGAGGCUUCCAUUAUUAGCGGAGAAAAUAAUACCAACGAUGACCAAAACAGUUUAUAUGGCACAAAGGAAAACACUACUAAAAGCUUGGUGACGAAAGCCAUGGAAAAUAUUGAAAACCUUACCCAGGCUCUCCUCAAUCAAAAGUUCGCGGGCGAACCUGCGACAAAAGUGAAAACUGAACGUCUUUCUUUGGCCGUACAGAGAAAGGAUUCUGCCACAACUGCAGAUAAUUUUACUUCAACGCUUGCUGGCGGCUCUUUUAUGAUGUCUUCGUUGGUUUCCCUGUUUGAAAAAGACGGCAACAUAUCUAUUAUCGACAUUAAGGUUGUUUCAAACACAAAGAAUCAAUUUAUAUGGGACUCUAGUUCGUCACAAGUGAAAGGGAAAGUCAUGACGAUGGAAUUAAAAGAUGACAAAGGCGAACUUAUUAAGAUUUCCAACUUAUCCGAACCCAUCGACGUAUGGAUUCCUAGUGGUGCAGUUCCAAAUUUUACAUUGUUUAAAGUGCAACACAAGGACAUGUUGUAUCGAGCUCUUAAUGUCAUUCAAAACGACACGGCAAUCCAUAUCGAGAUUUAUGCUUGUGACAACAACACGCAGCUCAUUGCUUAUUUAAGACGUAACACUUUUCCCACGGAGACGAAGUAUGAUUUUAAAUAUGUUUUACCCAGAAGAAUUAUGUCAAAUGCUGAUAACUCCUUUUGCAACAUGUCCGUCUCUAAUAAAACCGUUUCUAAUACGACUCGCGAGCGAAACCCCUACAUAUUUUUCCUAUCUAACGAGGAUCUCAAUAGAACUGCAGCUGGUAAGUACUAUAUUGGCGUGAAAUAUAACGGAACGCAUGAGCCGAUAUAUGAAGAAGUAAUGGUGGGAAGAGAAAUAAUUUAUCAAGAGUACACACCUUCCGCUGUCAACUUCACCAUGCAAACAUUUACGUCAUCAUGUCUUUAUUGGAGCCUUCAUAACGAGACCUGGUUAAACGAUGGCUGUGUGGUUGGACCUUUAACGGUAAUAGAUGCCACUCAAUGCUUGUGUACGCAUUUAACAUCUUUCGGUAGCGGCCUUAUCACUGUUCCUAACGCAAUUGACUGGAGUGCGAUCAACGUUGAUAACCUCGCUCGUAACCCUGUUGUUUAUUCUGUCAUAUUGUCAUUUGUAUUCAUCUAUUUCCUGUUGCUCAUUCCAUUGCGACGUUGGGACAAGAAAGAUUUGGAAAAGCUUGGCGUAGUUCCGUUGCCUGACAACCACCCACGUGAUCACUACUGCUACGAAAUCACGGUGUACACGGGAUACAGUGCCGAAGCUGGUACCACUGCUAACAUUUACUUUAUCCUCAAAGGAUCACGUGACGAGACGCCAGUGAGAAUUCUAAAAGAUGCGAACGACGACUGUUUAACCGUCGGCAGUAUUAAAUAUUUUCUACUCACUGCGCUUUCUCUGGGAAAACUACAAGGUCUUCGAAUAUGGCAUGACAACGAAGGCUAUUCGCCAUCUUGGUAUUUGCUUCGUGCGAUGGUUCACGAUAUCCAGAGGAACGUAAAAACGUGGUUUUUGUGUGAUCGUUGGCUUGCUGUUGAACACGAUGAUGGUAAAAUAGAGAGAACUUUAAGUCCUGCUGAUGCCGAAGAGCUCACGAGAUUUAAUCUUCUCUUCCAAACGGAAGUGCGAAAAAACCUCACCGACAGUCAUAUUUGGUUUUCCGUUGUGAAGCGGCCCGCCCGCAGUAACUUCACUCGCGUGCAGCGGUUGUCGUGUUGCCUGUGCAUCCUGCUCACGACAAUGCUUGCUAGUGCAAUGUUUUAUGGGCGUGGUCCGUCGUUAUCUAGUACCGUCAAAGUUGGCCCCUUUCGAUUUUCAGUGCAACAGCUGUUCAUUGCUGUGAUGAGCAGUAUGGUUGUGUUGCCUGUGAAUGUUUUAAUCGUGUGGAUAUUCCGAAAUGCUAGAUAUAAGAACAUGGUAAAAGAAAGAAAGAAACAUCAGGAGCCUCAAUAUGCCGAGAGACGAGGCAAUAAUAACACGGAGAAUGCCAAAUCAAGAAAAGACGAUCAUCAGGGGGCCUCGAAAAGUAUAUCAUUACCACAUUACAUGGUAUAUGUUGCGUACGCGUUGAUUUUCAUUUCUUGUUCUGUAUCGGCCGCUUUCACUGUGUUCUACGGGCUAACGUUUGGCAAGGCGAAAUCGGAAGCAUGGAUUUCAUCAAUGUUGAUCUCAUUUUGGCAAGAUGUGCUCAUAUCUCAGCCGCUAAAAGUUUUUGCCGCUGCAACGCUGUUUGCCAUCGUUACGAAGGAUCCGAAGAAAGCGAUUGAAAAUGAUGAAGAAGACAAACUUCCAUCACCUGAAUUAAAGAAAGAUGAGGAAUUUUCCAAUAACAUAGUGGAAGCCCGGGGUCUAACCAGUAUGGUUCGCGUCGAUCCCAAACCACCAGAUCCUCGAAAACUGCUGGAGAGCCGGGAGCUAAGGUUGAAACAAAUACAAAUGAAAUACAUAAUUUACGAUAUCAUGUGGUACUUUAUCUUUGUAAUCAUCCUGUUGAGCGUUGCUUAUGGCAACAAAGAUACCGCAGCGUACGGUACAACGUUGACCAUGGCCAACUAUUUUGAAGGCAACACCUACACAAACUGGAUCGAACCAAGUCAGAUUACGGACGCGAAACUUUAUUGGUUUUGGACGAGAUAUUCAUUGUUACCUGCACUCAUUCCAAUCCAGUGGUAUGGUCCUAAUAGGAACAUGGAAAACGUUGUUUGGGUAAACAUUGAUCCACAAAUCUCGCGGUCCAGAGGAGCAAGAAACCGGUUGAAAAAUGUUCAGGAGCGCAGGCUCCAAGGACGUCCCGGCGACUUCCCAGAUAUUACUAUUAUCCUCAACAACACACAUCCUUAUAUGGAAAAUUUUGUUGCCGACACUUGUACUGACUAUACUGUUGGUGUUGCCCGAUUCAGACAACAUCGAAUUAAACCAAAUCAAUGCCAGGUACACCCAAUGUUCAAACAAUUCUUUAACGAGUGCAACAGUUUCUAUAGUUGGGAAAAGGAGGACGAAGGUCUGUAUUUACCGGGUUGGGAAAAAGAUCCUGCACAGUCGACCAAUUACACGUCCGCAACAGAAAAACAGAAGAACGCAUGGCAGUAUAAUACAGCUUGGGAAUUGAAAGGGACGCCAUAUUGGGCAUUUUUUGCAACUUACUGGGGAGGAGGCUUUGUCGUUGAUCUUGGUCACAACGAAUCGUUAGCGAUGAAUACGACAGCUUACUUGCAAAACAACAAUUGGCUGGACCGCUACACCCGAUCGAUUUUCGUGGAAUUUGUCACGUACAACCCGAGCGUCAAUAUGUUCUGUCUUGUUACCUUGGUAACGGAAAUAAUUCCCACCGGAGGUUACUACCAGUUCAGCGAGAUCUACCCCAUGCGUCUAUAUCGGUAUUACGGACGAAAUUUAUUAGCAAUAAUGAUUCUUGAAAUCAUCCUCGCGACCUUCCUUGUGUAUUUUGCGUAUCGCGAGUUCAAAAAAUGGCGUAGAGAGGGUCGACUUUACUGGCGAAAUCCUUGGAAUUACACGGAAUUGGUUGUACUAGCAUCCUCUUACUCCACCAUCGGUUUAUACUUUGCACGAUUGGUCGCUACGAAGUUUUCCAUUAGUCUGAUGCGAAAGGACCCGAAAUCCUUCGUCAGUUUUCAUUAUGCUGCGACAUUAGACCAAUGGGCAACGUUUACUCAAGCAUUGGCUGUCUUCUUAUCGUUUCUAAAAGUUCUUCGUUUGCUUCGUUUCAAUAGACGUAUGUCGUUCAUGACACGAACUCUAAAAAUAUGUUUUCAGCCAAUUGCUUCCUUUACCGUCGUCUAUCUUUUGGUUUUUAUUGCGUAUACAUCGCUUGGAUACCUGGUAUUUGGAAGAGUAAAUGCAGACUAUCACACUUUUCAUUCGUCAAUGGCUAAUGUUUUGGGCAUGACUUUGGGAGCUUUCAAUUAUCAUGCCUUGGAAAGAGCCGACCAAAUCAUUGGUCCAAUGUUCUUCUUUUCUUUCACAUUCUGUGUUAAUUUCAUUCUCGUUAAUCUCCUCGUCGCCAUCAUAACGGAAGCGCUAGCUCGAGUGACGUUAGAUGUAUCGCACCAAUCAAAUGACCACGAAAUUGUAGAUUUCAUGAUUUAUCAAAUCAAGUCGUACAUUGGCUUCAGAGUUUCGCCAUUUAUCAAGCCGACGUAUGUAGAGCCGCUUACUGGUGUGGACGAAUCCUUCUCGCAAAUAACGAUAAAAACUGAGGGAGUUGAUACGGCAUUUCGUAAUCUCUGUAUGGAAGAAGUACGAACUACGAGUUGGUUAGACCCCGAGAAAUGUGAAAACAAGAAAAAACUUCUGCUGCGUUUGCUCUUACAAGUCGACGAUCAACUUACGGAGUCAGAAUUAUGCGAUUCGAUUCCACUUUUAGAGGAAGUGAUCCGAGCGUACACUGAAAACGACUUUAAAGACCUGCUUGAAGAACAUAGCAGGAAAUUCGACGAUAGCAAAACAAUGAAAAGCUUGGUCUUUUCGUCUAGAGCUACCACUUCCCACGAUGCACGAGAUGGCAACAGUUCUGUUUCCCGUUCAGACGGCAGAUGGUUGCAAGUGCCUGGUUCGAGCAUUACCUUGGCUCGUGAAUUCACCCCUCACUCGGAUGUUGCUCUAGACAAGCACUUUGGCAUUUUUGAAGACGACUACACAGACCGUCGUCUUUUCACAUCUGAAAGUCUUUACCACACUCCAUCUACAGAAUUCAUGGGAGCAAUGAAUGGUAGACAUAAUUUUGGCUAUGUCGAUGAGCGGUCGCGUAGCGAUGUAAGGCUUUUUGUUGACGAUGAUUACAAUGAAAACGAGCAACAAAAUAUAAGUAGUCUGAGCGGUGAGCAACAUUACGGCAAACAGACUUUAUAUUUGAACCAUGUGGAGAUUGAGAAAUUUGUUGGAAAGGAAAUGAAACAAAUGGAAAGUGAAAACUCAAAAAGAUCAACAUCCCAGACGCUAACCAAGGCAAAACAAUUCGGCCAAAUCUCGAUGAAACGGAACCCAAGUGAAGAUAAGUCCAUGCUUCUUAGCAGUCCAUUCAUGGUUGAAAGAAAGAUGAAAACGAAACAUCGAUGAUAUAAAGCUUAGUGAGUGUGGUUGGUUUUCUACUUACACAACUAACUCUGGCAUGAGAUUUCUCCUUUAACUUACAUAAAGUACUUCUAGUUUUAGUAAUAGUAAAGACGUUGUCAAUGGUAUAAGACAACGUUCGCAUUACAAACGUAAAUACAAUUUAAUACAUGAAUAAAAUUUAACUCGUCAAUACAA